CGAUUUGGCCUUCUUCUCGCCAUUCGACUACUUAACAUUGCAAUAUAUUUAGUAAAAAAAUCAAGAUAAAUCGCGACAAGAGACCUGCCACCGAGUUUCAUCAAUCAAAGCCGUUGCUAUGUCUUUUACAUCCAUUCCCAUCCUGGAUCUGGAGCUGACUAGGGAUUCGGCGACCAAGCCCGAAUUCCUCAAGCAGCUGCGCCAUGCACUCAUCGAGGUUGGGUUUUUAUAUCUGAAGAACGUGGACAUCCCGCCGGAGUUGUUUCAGGAAGUCAUUGAAAGAGGCAAAUCCUUUUUUGACAUUCCUCUUGAAGAGAAAAACAAACUUGAUAUGAAAAAUGUACCAUCUUUUCUAGGAUAUUCUGGUGUAUCUGCCGAAAUGACGGCCGGCGAGGUGGACCGCCGUGAACAAAUCGAACUGUCGACGGAGCACCCCAUUCCCGCACCCGGCUCGCCGCUCUACCACAACUUCCUUGCGCCGAACCAGUGGCCAUCGGAGGAUAUCCUACCCGGCUUCCGCGAAGUCUACACCGACUAUAUGCGCCGUAUGGGCCACGUGUCUAUGUACUUUACCUCCCUCGUCGCGGAAGCCAUCGGGCUCCCCGCCGACGCUUUCAACAAGUACUUCGACACAGAUCAGCAGAACAAGCUUAAGAUCCUCAAGUAUCCGAGCAUGGAGCCCGGAAAUGUCGAUGAAACGCAGAAAGGUCAGGGCGUUGGCCCGCACAAAGAUAGCAUGCUCACGUCGUACCUGCUACAGGCGACCCAGCACCACGGGCUCCAGGUGCAAAAUAUGCUGGGCGAGUGGAUCGACUGCCCCCCAGUGGACGGCACCCUCGUCGUAUCAAUCGGACAGAGCAUGGAGGCAUUGACGAAGGGCGUGUGCGUUGCGACGACGCACCGUGUUUUGAGCCCAGCGGCAGGGACGGGGGCGCGCUUCUCGAUGCCGUUCUUCCAGGGUGUGCGACUCGACGCCGACUUUGACGAGCUGGAAACAGUGGGUAUUGGCGCGGUGCCGGAGGAGGUGCGCCGGCAGAGGCUGGAGGUGAUUGAGAGGAACGGCGGACGCGUGGAUGACGUCAAAUUUUCGCUCAGAAAGGGAGCUGUGGUGAAUAAGGUCGGAGAGGCGCUUCUGCGAAUUAGGGUCAAGGCCUAUCCCGAAGUUGGGGAAAGGUGGUACCCGGAUAUCCUGAUGGCCGUCCGUGGGGAGUAGGCAAGGGCGCCAGAUAGGAAGGGCUCAGCAGAUAGGGAGGUGCUAGUGACGUCUAGGAGUCUCCGUCAAAAUUGCACUGCCUUCCAGCUCGCCUGUGUGGUAGUACUUGUUUGAGCCUUGCCAUGAAAUUCCAUUGUAUUCAAUGGCCAGAAGAAUCCUUUUGCGCCCAAUACAAUCGUACUCCCGGGAAAUGGGCUCAAUCAUUGGCAUACAUCGUGAAUACCCUAAGAUAUCGUGCUGGGACCAACUAGGAUUUCACAAUUUGAU